CAGGCUGACGACAACAACGAGCAAACAUGGACGACGAUCAGAUAGUAGAAGAGAGCGCGUUUAUAGUGGAUGAAGUGAGCAGCAUCGUGAAAGAGUCUCUAGAAGCGGUGAUUGGCAGAAACACGUAUGAACACAAGCGUGUGAGCCAAUGGACGUCCAGCGUGGCGGAGCAGUGUCUCGGGCAGCUCAGCAAACUGGGCAAACCCUUCAAAUACAUCGUCACGUGCAUCAUCAUGCAGAAGAACGGCGCUGGCCUUCAGUCGGCCUCCUCCUGCUUCUGGGACAACACCACAGAUGGAAGCUGCACAGUCAGAUGGGAGAAUAAAUACCUCUACUGCAUCGUCAGUGUUUUCGGACUCGCCAUCUAGAGGAUUUACAACACACACACACACUCACAAGUAUACACCCAGUCACACGCACAAAAUCAAAAAUACAUGCACACAAACAGUCACAAUCAUACACACACACACACCCACGAUCACAAAUACACACCCACAGUCACACAC